AAAGUUUCCAUUUAAAUUGUGGAGAGAUUUAAAAGAGAGCAGAAAAUUUCGCUUGUUGAAAAAAAAUAAUUUAACUCAUCUUUUCUUAGCCAAAUUUUAUUUGCUUUACCCCCCUGCCCACCUUCUACAUAUUCAUUACAAAUGUCUGACCCAGUGAUUCUUCAUCUUCGUGCUGAAACCAAGCCUUUGGAAAAAAGAGCCGCGUUGACUCCUUCCACCACCAAGCAACUUCUUGAUGCUGGCUUCAAAGUAUAUGUCGAAGAGUCUCUGCAAUCUACUUUCGCAUCCAGUGAAUAUGCCGCAGUUGGAGCUGAAAUUGUUCCAGAAGGUUCUUGGAAAGAAGCUCCUCGUGACAGAAUUAUUUUCGGUUUGAAAGAACUUCCAGAAGAUGAAACUUUCCCAUUGAUUCAUGAACAUAUCCAAUUUGCUCAUUGUUACAAGGACCAAGGUGGCUGGAAAGACGUUUUGUCCAGAUUCCCUGCUGGUCAAGGUACCUUGUACGACUUGGAAUUCUUGGAAAAUGAACAAGGUCGUCGUGUUGCUGCGUUUGGGUUUUAUGCUGGGUUUGCCGGUGCUGCCAUUGGAUUGAGAGAUUGGGCCUACAAGCAAAUCCAUGGGGAUGAAGGUGACUUACCCGGAGUCACUGCCUACUCCAACGAAGCCGAAUUGAUUGCCGACGUCAAGAACGACUUGGCCGAGGCCUUGGCCAAGAAUGGCGGCCAACAACCAAAAUGUUUGGUCAUUGGUGCCUUGGGCCGUUGUGGUAGUGGAGCCAUCGAUCUUUUCCAAAAGGCUGGGAUCCCAGAGUCCCAUAUCAUCCGUUGGGACAUGAAGGAGACUGCACGCGGCGGGCCGUUUGAAGAAAUCGUCUCCCUGGACAUUUUCAUCAACUGUAUCUACCUCUCGCAACCAAUCCCUCCAUUUGUCGACUACGACUCGUUGAAUGAUGCCAACCGUAAGUUGAGAACCAUUGUCGAUGUCUCGGCCGACACCACCAACCCACACAACCCAAUCCCAGUGUACUCCAUUGCCACCGUUUUCAACAACCCAACCGUGCCAGUCGACACCUCUGCCGGUCCAAAGUUGUCUGUGUGUUCCAUCGAUCACCUCCCAUCCUUGUUGCCCCGUGAGGCCUCCGAGUUCUUUGCCAAGGACUUGAUGCCUCUGUUGUUGCAAUUGCCACAACGUCAAACCGCCCCAGUCUGGGUCCGUGCCAAGAACUUGUUUGACAAGCACGUUGCAAGAUUGUAAAUUAUUUAAAAUUGGGCCAUGUCCAACCCACCCGUACAUACGUAAUAAAACUUCAGAUAAGGAGACG